AUGACUACCCCAAUGGACAAUCCCGACUCAAGGAAUCGCCUUUAUACGAACAGCACCCUUCGAUCGCGCGGUAUACCUAGUGUAUACAAUCAGGCCUCUUCUAGUUCAGCAAGUUCCUCUGCGAUUUCCAUUCCUCUGGAAGCUGCGUCCCAGCCGCCCUUAGAUACCGCGUUGAUUUGGUCGGCCAAGAACCAGUUCCCCCGAGACUGGCAGGAGAUAUUUAAAGCACCUAACAUCCAUGGAACUCAAUCCAUAGAGCCCAAGACUGACCGCGGUCGUGGUAACUCUAACCAGCAAGUAUACCCCAAACUCGCCCCAGAAUGCACAGAUAGCGGGACCGGUUGGGGCCAGCCGAGAGAACGAGAGGAAGGGAAACGAAUGGGACGGCUUAUUCGAAGCAUCGUUACCGGCCGAUCGGCCGCAUCUACCAAGAGUUUGAGUUCACACGAUCGGAACAAGUCUUUCAGCGGCGGGCAUGGGAACAAUCUAUCAAGCGCUGAAACCGAUCCUGAUCCCAGUUUGGACCGGCCCGCUCCGAACUGGGGACCAGGUCCAGAAGACAGGAACGGCUACCAAGCACAUCAACGAUCAAAUAGAAUUAAUCCUGUACGGACGUAUGUCCUUGCGACCAUGGACUAUUGGCACUACCGAAUGUGCGAUAUCACCGAAGCGGAGACGGCGACCAACAUUCGCCAGGCCGUCUGUCUGCAUCUGGGUUUGAGAGACUAUGAAGAUUCUUUACUGUACCUUACGGAAGUUGGCAGGUUUGAUCAUGCCGAUCCUCUAGAUGACCAGAAACUUGUUACCACCAAACAGAUCAAGGGAGAUUCCGUAGGAACUCUCAAGUUCUUCGUCACACCACCAGCAGUCCCUCCCGUGACCUGUGGCCUUACAGCAACCCCCAACAUGCCAGCAUCCUUAGGCUAUUUGGCACCUGGACUUGAUGGUUCGAAACACAAUCGGCGGCAGCGGUCAAGCACUUCACCCCCUACCUCUAGGUCUAACACAUCGACGGAUAACAAGAUCCAUGAGAAUGCGCUCUCGCAAAUGGCAACCUCAUACCGGGUUAAGACGGAGAGAAAAGAGCGUAAAUAUCUUGCGGUGCGGAAGCAUGCAGCAGGGAAGGGUAGCCCAUUUAAGUCGGUUGGUCCAGGCAUCACAAGCAACAGAGUUGUUGAUUUCGAUCAUCCUCGAAGCUCGCCAUAUAAUGACAAACGACCAGAUCAGCUGUCACCUCAGAGACCGCCUCCAAAACCGCCUGCUAAAGUUGAUAGCGAUGAUGAUUCUGAUGAUGGCUUAUUCGCGAUCCCUUUAACGAAUCGGAACAUAGCCAAGGUUUCUGCCAAGAACCGAAGAGGACGUGACGCACCUAAUUACCAUGGACAGCCCAGUCUGACAGUGAAUACUUCUCGGGCCGAAAAGGCCCAUUCAAUGUCCUUUACAUCUCCACAAUUUAUGUCAAGCGCUGUUACACCUAACCCCAACGAUGAAGGCAUAGGGCUUUCUCGUAAACUACCAGCAACCGCUCGAUCCGACUCCAGGACAUCUAGUGAGAGGGACAGCGAAUUAGGCCGAUGCAAAUCGUUCAUUGAAAAGGACAUUUGGGCGAACCGUCCUCCAACGGACGCCCUGAUUAACAACCUUGAUGACUUCUUCCCUAACUUGGAUCUUGAUCAACCAGUUCUAGAAGAAGGAGAGGGUGGGGAGAUGCUUCCAUCUCAUAUCGCCGAGGCAGAAGACACCUCUGGGGACGCACCUAAGGCGACGCCCGAGAGAGCGCAAGGAGUCCCUGCAGCUGAACCCCAUACCGAUGGUCUGCCUGCCGUUACACCUAGCCGACCGCCAUCUCUUUACAAUGAGAACGAUACUCAUGGUUCUGAUGAAUCUACUCUUAAGGCUCCAGAACGACCUACUCUUCUGGCACAGAGAAGUCUCGGAUGCUCUAGUGGACUUGGCCGCAUGAAGUCCAUUCGUGAAGUUGUCCAUGGCGCUCACGAGGGCAACAUACGCAUGGCUAGCACAUCUCAGAAGAGAGUACAGGCAUCCGGCAGCAUUAUCACGCCCAAGAAUCCUCAAGAUGUCCUCCUCAAGAGGCGGACGACAUUUCGCUGGUUCAAAGGGCAACUCAUUGGCAAGGGUACCUAUGGUCGUGUAUACCUCGGUAUGAAUGCCACUACUGGUCAAUUCUUGGCCGUCAAGGAAGUCGACAUCAACCCGAAGGCAGCUAAUGGUGAUAAGCAGAAGAUAAAAGAAUUGGUCGGGGGACUGGACCAGGAAAUUGACACAAUGCAGCACCUGGACCACGUCAACAUUGUACAAUAUCUUGGAUGCGAGCGCAAGGAAACAAGUAUCAGCAUCUUUCUCGAGUAUAUUUCCGGUGGAAGUAUAGGAUCAUGUCUCCGUAAGCAUGGCGGGUUCGAAGAAUCCAUUGUCGCGUCUCUCACCCGGCAGACGCUCUCUGGAUUGGCAUAUCUGCAUCAUGAGGGUAUUCUUCAUCGAGAUCUGAAGGCAGAUAACAUUCUUUUGGAUGUAGAUGGCACUUGCAAGAUCAGUGACUUUGGUAUCUCUAAAAAGACAGACAACAUCUACGGCAAUGACAAGACGAACAACAUGCAAGGCUCGGUGUUCUGGAUGGCUCCCGAGGUCAUUCGAUCACAAUACGAGGGUUAUAGUGCCAAAGUAGAUAUCUGGAGUCUGGGUUGUGUGGUGUUGGAGAUGUUCGCGGGUGAACGACCAUGGGCCAAGGAGGAGGUGGUAGGCGCCAUCUACAAAAUUGCCAAUGGCAAGGCGCCACCAAUCGCUGAGGAUAUCCAAGGAUCCCUUGGUCCCCUGGCGGUGGCGUUUAUGAUGGAUUGCUUCCAAGUGGACCCCUUUGAUCGUCCAACGGCAGACGUGCUCCUCUUACAGCAUCCAUUCUGCGAGCUCGAACCCAACUUUAACUUUCAUGAGACAUCAUUGUACGCCAAGAUUAAGCCAAUGCAAAAGGAAGUUCUCUGGUCUAAAGACCAUGAAAAUGGAAGCUUUGUCCUUUUGGAAUUAAUAUUGCUGUCGCGCAUGCCAUGGUAUAUUGCGAUAGAAUGA